AUGUACGGGGUCAUGGACCAACGGGACAUCGAUAGCAUCCCAGCCUUCGUCAAGCCGCCGUGGCAAGCAGGCCCAAAACCCCUGAUACAGAGUGAGGACGAAGCAAAAGAAUGGGUGCAGAAGGUGGCCGCUGAUCACUACUCGAUAAUUUUCUACACUGACGGUCUUGCCCACAAUAGAUUGGGGCCCACAUGCGGAUCCGACACAGGUCGAACUCGAAGCAAUCCGAUUAGCCGUGCGGACCAUUGUCGAAGAUUCGAUCUAUGGGAUACGACAUGGGCCGAUCUCCUACCAUAUCAUGACAGACAGCGAGAGGGCACUACACAUUCUUCAAAGACCAGGCAGGCACAAAACCGAAACACUACGACAAGUCUAUGGUCUACUCAAGAUAGCAGGGCAACAGCAGCUCAGAAUCCAGUUCAGCUGGGUUCCGAGCCAUUCAGGUGUCUUAGGCAAUGA